UUAGCAAAGAAAAAGAAGGCGCUUCGCCGGUUCUUUCUCUCCGUUGGCUAAAACCCCCCACCCUUCUCUCCUAUUUAACUCUCUCUGACGCACUGAAGGCCGACGGUGAACGGUGCGGGCGAAUUAGGGUUAGGGUUUGAUCGAGGAUUGGGAGAGAUGGUGGUGGACAAGGGGAAGAAGGCCAAGUUCGCAGAGCGAGGGGAGGAGGACUCCGAUCACAUCGACGGCGAGCUCGUGCUUUCGAUAGAGAAGCUCCAGGAGAUUCAGGACGAGCUGGAGAGGGUCAAUGAGGAAGCAAGUGAUAAAGUUUUGGAGGUGGAACAGAAAUAUAAUGAAAUACGCGGACCUAUUUACAGGAAGCGGAAUGACAUCAUCAAAUAUAUUCCAGACUUCUGGUUGACUGCGUUUCUGAGCCAUCCAGCACUUAGUAAUCUUCUGAGUGAAGAAGAUCAAAAGAUUUUUAAGUACCUGGAAUCGUUAGACGUGGAAGAUUUUAAAGAUUUGAAGUCAGGCUACUCCAUAACUUUUAACUUCUCCCCCAACCCUUAUUUUGAAGAUAGAAGCCUUAAAAAGACAUAUUCCUUCUUUGAUGAAGGAACAACUAACAUAACUAGUACAACAAUCAAGUGGAAGGAGGGGAUGAAUACCGCAAAUGGUGUGGCUUAUGAGAAGAAUGGAAAUAAACGACCCUUUCCUGAGGAGAGUUUCUUUAGCUGGUUUGGUGAAACUCAGCAGAAAAGUAUCUCAGAAGGUUUUUCUGAUGAGGUGGCUGAGAUAAUCAAGGAAGAUUUGUGGCCCAAUCCUUUGAAGUACUUCAACAAUGAGGCUGACGAGGAGGAUUUUGAUGGAGACGAAGAUGAUGAAGAGGGCACUGACUUUGAAGACGAGGAUGAUGAUCAAGCUGAUGAAGAUGACAGCUAAAUUUAUAAUUCAUUGUUGUCUUGUAUUUUUGGCUUCUUAGCAUGUUUCUCUGGCUCAAGUGAAGUAGCAUUUCAGUAGGGCUAGAAUGUGAUGAAAAGGAUGUUAGCUGUCGCUCUCUUGGCUUCUAUUUUGCAGACCUUAACUGAAGAGGUCUUUGCUUGCUUAUGCUAAACUUGUAGAUUAUGAUAGUAGGCUUCUUGGUUGUUCUAACCUUGCAUGUACUGUGUUCUAUUUUCUUCCGUAGAGCUUUUUGGUUGUUUCCUGGGCAUACCAGUUAA